GUCAGCUUUAAAUUACCCCAAUCUCUAAGAAUCACAUCCAUUGGGCUUCUGCGGGCUGCAGAUUUUCCUCGAAAGCUGCUGCUGACCCCCACCUCGCUGGCUUGAGCUGCGUCCGAAUUCGGAAGCAAGAAUAAUAGCAGAAUGUUCUUGUCGCGUGCUCUCCUCCGCACUCCAUUACUUCGCUCAAGAUUCGUGGUACCUUCCACGAUACUUCGACGAAAUAUGGGGUCCGUCAGUGCCAUAGAUUCGGCAAUAUUUCGAAGUUUAUUUGGGACGGACGAGAUACGGAAGGUUUUUGAUGAUACAGCGUACAUCAAUCGGUGCAUCGAUGCAGAGACAGCUUUGGCUCGUGCUCAGUCGCGAUGUGGAAUCAUACCGGGACAUAUUGGAAAGUCGAUCACCUCAAUGGUGAGUGGAGAGAGACUGGACCUCGAAAGACUUCGAAAAGAGACGGAGAUUGUGGGAUACCCAAUCUUGCCACUGGUGAGACAGCUUUCAUCAAUGUGUGAUGAGGAGGCUGGAAAAUACGUCCAUUGGGGAGCAACAACACAAGAUAUCAUGGAUAUCGCCAGCGUACUUCAGAUGAAGACUGGGCUGGAUAUUGUGGAAAGACUGCUUGCGGAUGUCCGCAGCAGUCUGGAAACGCUGGCUACAAAAUAUAAAGAUACGCCAAUGGCUGGGAGGACACAUUUACAGCAUGCCCUUCCAGUCACAUUCGGCUAUAAAUGUGCAGUGUGGCUGUCAAGUUUGCAGAGACACCAAGAACGGCUGAAACAAUUACGACCAAGAGCACUUCUGGUGCAAUAUGGUGGGGCAGCUGGAACGCUUGCCUCCUUGGGCGAUGGAGAUGAUGGCCUGAGAGUACGGAAAGAGCUGGCAAAAGAACUCGGCCUUGUCAAUCCCUCAAUCACAUGGCAUGUGGCACGCGAUGGCGUUGCUGAGAUUGUGAACUUCCUUGCACUUAUCGGAGGUUCACUUGGAAAGAUCGCACUCGAUCUGAUAAUCAUGUCUUCUAACGAAUACGGGGAAGUUUCCGAGCCUUUCGUACCCCACAGAGGUGCAUCCUCAACCAUGCCACAAAAGCGAAAUCCAAUAUCGAGUGAAGUCAUUCUGGCUGCUUCCAAGAUACUUAGAUCAAAUGCAGGGUUGGUACUUGAUGGCAUGGUCUCGGACUUCGAGCGAGCUUCUGGACCAUGGCACUUGGAAUGGGUGGCAAUUCCAGAGAGUUUUGUGAUUGCCGUGGGUGCCUUGCAUCAAGCUGAUUUUGCCCUCUCCGGGUUGGUGGUUAAUACAGAACAGAUGGGGAAGAAUUUGCGUUCCACACAAGGACUCAUUGUGGGUGAGGCAGUCAUGAUGGGACUUGCUCCACAUCUUGGAAGAGGCAAGGCUCAUGAUGUGGUGUAUGAAGCAUGCAAAGAGGUAAUCGAAGGAGAAUCUACACUCUUCGAUUGCCUGAUGAAAAAGAAGGAGGCUACUUCUUCUCUCGGUGAGAGCGAGUUGCGAUCACUCUGUGAUCCCUUCAACUACCUUGGAGCUUCACAGCAGAUGGUGGAUGAUGUACUGGCACUUAAAAGUCACUAAAUAAAAAAUACCAUCAUAUCGGGCUAAAUCGACUUCAUUCCGGAACUUCAGGGAUACCGGUAUUGUAUCCAGGGUGUACGAAGAGCCGCUCCGAACCAAUCAGGGCAAAUAUUGCGGCAAGACUUCUAGCC